AUGAAUGCCCAGAAUUCAAACCUUCGUACACAUCAGAAAAUCCACACUGGAGAGAAACCUUAUGAAUGUCUGGAAUGUGGGAAAUUUUUCCGUGAAAAAGCCACUCUCAUAAACCACGAGAUAAUUCACACAGGGGAGAAACCUUACAACUGUUGGGAAUGUGGGAAGAGCUUUUCUCAGAAGUCAAGUCUAAGGCGCCAUGAGAAGUAUCAUGCAGGAAUCAAACCUUACAAAUGCUUUGAGUGUGGAAAAUGUUUUACUGUGAGCUCAUCACUUCAGAGGCAUGAGAAAACACACACAGGGGAGAAAAACGAAAAAUGCCCAGAAUGUGGGAAAUGUUUUGCUGAUAAGUCAACCCUAAUUGUACAUCAGAGGCUUCACACGGGAGAGAGACCCUAUGAAUGCCCAGAAUGUGAGAAACGAUUUGUGGAUUCUUCUCAACUUCGGAGACACCAGAUGAGUCACACAGGGGAGAAACCCUACAAAUGUGGGGAGUGUGGGAAAUCAUUUGAUUGCCAUUCCCGCCUUUUGACUCACAGGAAGAUCCAUGUGGGAAGCGGAUCCAGUCAAGGUUUAGAGGGGAAGAAAUGCUUCUCUGGAAAACUCACCAAAGAUCUCAGAAAGCCCCCAACACUAAAAAACUACAAAUGUGAGGAAUGUGACUUACGCUUUGGUAAAAAGUCAAACCUUCGUACACAUCAGAAAAUCCACACUGGAGAGAAACCUUAUGAAUGUCUGGAAUGUGGGAAAUUUUUCCGUGAAAAAGCCACUCUCAGAAACCACGAGAUAAUUCACACAGGAGAGAAACCUUACAACUGUUGGGAAUGUGGGAAGAGCUUUUCUCAGAAGUCAGGUCUAAGGCACCAUGAGAAGAUCCAUGCAGGAAUCAAACCUUACAAAUGCUUUGAGUGUGGAAAAUGUUUUACUGUGAGCUCAUCACUUCAGAGACAUGAGAAAACACACACAGGGGAGAAAAACGAAAAGUGCCCAGAAUGUGGGAAAUGUUUUGCUGAUAAGUCAACCCUAAUUGUACAUCAGAGGCUUCACACGGGAGAGAGACCCUAUGAAUGCCCAGAAUGUGAGAAACGAUUUGUGGGUUCUUCUCAACUUCGGAGACACCAGAUGAGUCACACAGGGGAGAAACCCUACAAAUGUGUAGAGUGUGGGAAAAUAUUUGAUUGCCAGUCCCGCCUUUUGACUCACAGGAAGAUCCAUGUGGGAAGCGGAUCCAGUCAAGGUUUAGAGGGGAAGAAAACCUUCUCUGGAAAACACAUCAAAGAUCUCAGAAAGCCCCCUACACUAAAAACCUACAAAUGUGAGGAAUGUGACUUACGCUUUGGUCAAAAGUCAUACCUUCUUACACAUCAGAAAAUCCACACUGGAGAGAAACCUUAUCAAUGUCUGGAAUGUGGGAAAUUUUUCCGUAGAAAAGCCCAUCUCAUAAACCACGAGAGAAUUCACACAGGGGAGAAACCGUAUAAAUGUUGGGAAUGUGGGAAGAGCUUUUCUCGGAACUCAAGUCUUGGGCUCCAUGAGAAGAUCCAUGCAGGAAUCAAACCUUACAAAUGCUUUGAGUGUGGAAAAUGUUUUACUGUGAGCUCAUCACUUCAGAGGCAUGAGACACACAGCGGAUAA